UCCCGGCAACCAACACAUGUUUCCGUCUCUUGCUCCCUCGGAAACGAGUGUUUCCACAUGCACAAACACUCCAGACAGUAACGUAACAGAAAUGCAAGUAGCUCAUUUGGUGAUAAGGCCGACGCUCUGUGUACGGCAAGGAUAGGUUUGGUUUUACUUUUCGGCGCCGGUCAGUCAGUCGACGGAGUGCCUAUCUGAACGAGCAAGACGCCCGUCUGCCCACGGCAACGGUGCUUUUUUUUCUUUUUCUUUCUCCCCCACCCCUCCCGCAGUCGCGUGUGCAUAUAUGGGGUCCUCUCCUUUGCCAUCCAAGCUCCCAACAUCCCAAGCCAAGGGAUAACCAUUGCCCCUGCCUCCUCUUCAGUCCUGGAAUGGAUGAGGCUUGCAACAAGGCUCUGUGCCGCGAGGCCGCCGCCUGCGUUUGCCAAGGAGAAGGACAAGAUCACCCCGACGCUGCUUCUUAUACCUCGCCCUCGGCCUCGGGAGCGUCCAGCGGGUUGUCGUCGUGCUCAUUGACACCGAAUCUGGGUGAUGGGUUGGGUUACCUCCCAUCCGAAGAUCAUUCUUCGGAGUCAUCUUCAGCGUCGUCGAGCACCUUGCAGCUGGACUCUGAGGCCGAGGGACCUCUCUACGAGCUGUCUUCGCUGCUAGCCCAGCUUCCCGCCAGGAGAGGGUUGUCCAAGUACUACCAAGGGAAGUCCCAAUCAUUCACAUCAAUAUCCUACGCUACAUGUCUUCAAGACCUUGGAAAGGAAGUUACGUACAGCAAGAGGAUGAAGACAUGCAAGAGCAAUACAGCAGGAUCAGUCAUGAACCAGCGGUCAAAUCACUUACCGAGGACAUGCAACAAGAUGAUAGCCAAGAGGCCCUCAAAAAGUUCAUUUGCUUGUCAAAUGUCCAGAGCAAGCAGCACCAACCUCUUGUACAGGAGUGCCAAUUUACCUGCACAGCAGAACAAGGAAGAUGUACAAAUGCAUAUGAACUCUUAACUAGCUACAACUAGAAUGCCAGGACUCCACUUCCCAUGAACAUACAGUACUUACUGUACACUUUCACAUGGAAAUUCAAACUAAUUUCUCAUUCUGAGAUCAGCCUGA